CGAUUCUAAUGGCGGAAAAAUCGAACUGCGACUCCCUUACCGAUCUGAAAAAAUGUAUAAAACGAGCAGAUCUUCACCAAGAAGAUUUGAUCGCAGGGCCCUUUUUGGUUUUGAAAAUAGAUCGCUACUUAACAGAUCCACAGCACACUUCUCAGACUGGCCUGGCUACUGAGUACAUUGAUGUGUACCAGUUGACUGUUGCAGACCACAUGCAUAAACUCAAAGUGGUGCUGCAUCCAAAGAUAUCAACAGAUAUUCAAAACAGACAGUUGAGAGAGGGCUGCUCGGUAAUGUUUAUGAAAUGUACCCUACGUUAUGAUGAGACCAACUUGUCAGGAAGCAGUAUCACUGUAGUGGACACCAUCAAGAUAGAACCGAAGCCAUGCUUGUUGUUUUUACCACCAGACAUGUCCAACUUAAGCUGGUGUCCUAACUGCGGUACCAAAGAGAGCAAUGAUCUUCCCCUCACUUCCUCUCGGGGCUAUUAUCUUGAUCUUUGGUCGAGUAUAGAGAUGACAGGCCCACAAUGGAAGCUACCAAGCACAGAUCAAGAAUCCAAAAGUGUUGGAACUGUGACAGAACAGGAUAUCUACAAAGUCAAAGAGAUUGCCAAGAAGUGGACAGACCUAAAAACCAUCAGCCCAUAUAUGAUUGUCAGGGUGGUAGGAAAAUGUCGACUACUCCACUACGCUAAGCCAUCCAAGUCAGAGAAGUGGCCUUUUCAGGCCCAUUUUAGUGUUUGUGACAAGACUGGGGUCUGUAAUAUGGUUUUAUGGAAUGCUCUAUGUAAAGACUAUUACCAAAGGUUACAGGAAGGCAGCGUGAUCCUGAUCAGGAGAUUCACUGUAAAGAAGAGCUAUUACAGUAGUGGCCGAGAGAUCCAGGCACCUAGAAACUUAGAGUACUACGACAUUGACAUCAACAUGAACCCACAUCAUCCUCAAAGUGAAAUACACAUCCUGUCAUUGUCAGCUGUACCUAAAAACAUUCGUCUCCCAGACCUGGAGUAUAACUUUGUCACUCGCCAACAGCUAGGGUCCAUGCCUGACAACUACAUCUGUGAUAUUGUUGGUUGUGUGACAUAUGUUGGACGCUAUGAACGGGACCCUAUAACAAAUAAAGCAGGCCUGGACAGCGGAGGGUUUUGGGUACGGCGUUGGUUACACCUGCGGGAUGCAUCCAGUAAAAAGUCAUUUAUAGUAGAAAUGUUCAGAGCAGCAGAGUCAUUGAUUGGUCCUCAAGUUAAACCCGGUGUUGUCCUGGUCUGUCGACAUAUGAGGGUGAUUAAUAACACAUCUUACCUGACUGGAUCUACUUGUCAACGACAGGUGUAUGUCACCUCAACCAUCAACACACAGUUGAGUCUACAGGUGUGUAGUGACAAUAGACCAGAGCCUGCUGUUACAGAUAUUCUAUCCUGGUCACAGUCACGCGAGGGCAAGCAGGAGGUAGAACACUCCAUGGUAGAAGGAUACUUUUCCUACCCAUGUCUUCCCCAGGGACUGGCUGCCUUCCAGGACAUGUACUCUGAUCUCAAGAUAGUUCCUAGUGAUGAUUGGAAGAGAGAAUUGACAGCCCUUACUUAUAGACAACACAAGCGUCUGUUUGUACAGGCAGUGAUGGUCUCGGCUAAACUGAUACACUCUCCAACGGUCAGCCAUGUGGCACCAGAAACACACAGAUGGAAAUUAAGGGGGAAAAUUAAAUCCAAGACAAAAAAGACACCAUCUUGUGAAGCAGAAGUUGUGGUUGUGGACGCAGAGACUCAUGCCCUUGCUGACCAGAUGGAAGUUUUAGGGAUAGUGGAGCCUCACCAGUUAGUACACACCUUUCCCCUGCCUUACAGCUCUGCCCACUGGUCCAAGCUCAGGCAGCAACUCAUAUUCCCCUCGGGAGAGCUCUCAACAGAGAGAUAUCAAAGCUCCAAUACAGCAGGACAUAGCACCAAUACAGCAGGACAUAGCACCAAUACAGCAGGACAUAGCACCGAUACAGCAGGACAUAGCACCAAUACAGCAGGACAUGGUACCCAUACAACAGCACAUAACUCCGACACAGCAGGAUACACAUCAGAUGGUACAGGGCAUUCUUCAGACCCAGCAAGGUUGGACAGAGAUAUCCUUGGAUGUUUUAUCUUGACAUGGACAGGAUUAAACUCUCACGUUUUGUUAAACACUAUCUGGAGGCCUACAGCUGAGAAUUGUGGGAGUGAACGAACUAUGUCAGAAUUGUUGUGCGUGUCUCAUCCUUCUAUCGACUGGCUGUCCUACCCAUAUAGACACCCGUCGGACUUCCCAACAAUACUCCAGUCAGCUACACAGUGUGUUGGACAAAGAUACCUACUGGUACUAGACUGCUACCGGCAUUCCCUCGAAGAGAAUCAGGAACUGGUCUUAAAGCAUGCUUACAGAGUAUAAUCAGUCCACCAUAGCUGUUGUACAUAAAACAGUGUGUUAAUUCUGUACAAAUCAUAGUUAUAACUUAUCCAUUCUAUGCAAACCUUAAUAAUAACUUAAAACAGCAUUCUUUUUUCUUUUUUUUUUGCUGAGUUUUUUCUUCUUAUUUUUCAAUUUGCUAUUUCACGACAAAAUUACCAUUUUGUGUGCUUAGAAAUGGACUCUACACUUAGUCUAUCAUAUAACAUCCCUUUACAAUGCUUUGUUAUAAGGGUAUAGCUCAGAAUUCAAACAACACUUCAUUAUCUUUUAACUGUAUUUUUUAAGAAAUACUUCUUUUUCACCAAUAAUAUCACAGACUUCCCACAACACAUUUAACUAACUGAUAUAUCAUGGGCAUAUUAUUCUCUGCAAAGCGGGGGUCCUUUCUACAUUCAUUUCAGUAGUUAACCAGCGGUCAAUUCAAAUAACGACAUUAAGAUAUCUGAGAAAAGUCCAGGUAAAUGCACAUUAAGUUAUGGCUAUACUUAGGCUGGACUUUCUUCUCCAAUGUUUAACUCCGGGCAGCAUUGUACUGACAAUAACAAUAAAGAGAAUAAUUUUGGUAAUUGAAUUUAUUCAUAUUUUAUGAACGAAUUCUAAAUUUUGAGAACAAUUUGUAAUUAUCAAUCUAUCUCUUUCAUCCGUUUUUUUUUUUUUUUUUUUUAGAAU